UGUUGACAAAUAUAUUUUUUCUCAUUCUAAUUUACUGCACCAGUGCAGUAGUGCAGCGAAAAAGGACAGACCAAAUGCCUCAUGCGUGUGCACUGGGAGCUGAGAUGUAGUGACGUCAACCACUUAUCGAACCGCGAGCGUUCCUAACGGCGAUUCUCGGAAACACGUUCAUUCGAUAGCCUCGAUAGCCUGGACUACUGUCGUUGUCCAGCUCUGAUGACGGGCUCGAGCAAUAUGGCGAAGUGUGUCACGGGAGGCUCGGUGUAGACGCAGUAUCGUUCGAAAAAUGACAGGUUCGCGGUAUGGGUUGAGAAUAACGUAGCGUAGAAUAAUGUGCGAAUUGUGCGAGAGUAGACGUAAUCACAUACAGGUGUAAUCGCACCAAACACCGUUUUUCGCGAUCGAUGUGACAGCGAGUGCGCGCGUUACCGGUGUGCAAAAGUCAUGGCUACGGAUAAAAUAAAGGUUGCCGUACGGGUCCGGCCAUUUAAUCGCAGAGAGUUGGAACUUUGUACGCAAUGCGUCGUCGAGAUGACAGAGCAACAAACUAUUUUGCAACAUCCCACUACAAUGGACAAGAUCGAUCGAAACAAGCCGAAGACUUUUGCUUUCGAUCACUGCUUUUAUUCUCUGGAUCCUGGAGCGGAAAAUUUUGCGAGUCAAGAGAUUGUUUUCGACGCCCUGGGUCGUGAUAUUUUGGACAAUGCGUUUCAGGGUUACAACGCCUGUAUAUUCGCCUACGGACAAACUGGCUCUGGAAAGUCUUAUACGAUGAUGGGUAGUGGUGAUAACAAAGGAAUAAUACCACGGUUAUGCGAUAAUCUCUUUGACAUGAUAGCGAAGCAGCAAAGUUCCGAGCUCACGUACAAGGUUGAGGUCUCGUACAUGGAAAUCUACAAUGAGAAAGUGCAUGAUCUUCUAGAUCCGAAACCAAAUAAGCAAUCACUCAAAGUGAGAGAGCACAAUGUCUUGGGGCCCUACGUGGACGGGCUAAGCCAACUAGCGGUUACUUCUUUUCAGGACAUCGAUAACCUCAUGGCGGAAGGCAACAAGUCGCGAACAGUCGCGGCGACAAAUAUGAAUUCCGAGAGCUCCCGUUCGCAUGCUGUAUUUUCGGUAAUUCUCACGCAGACUCUAACAGACUUGAAGAGUGGAGUCAGCGGAGAAAAGGUUUCGCGGAUGAGCUUGGUGGAUUUAGCUGGGAGUGAAAGGGCUGUGAAAACUGGAGCAGUAGGUGAUAGACUUAAAGAAGGAAGCAAUAUUAACAAGUCUUUAACGACAUUGGGUCUAGUCAUUUCAAAAUUGGCGGAUCAAAAUUCCGGCAAUAAUAAGAAGAAGGACAAUUUUGUGCCCUACAGAGAUUCUGUCCUUACGUGGCUCUUGAAGGACAAUCUUGGUGGCAAUAGCAAAACUGUCAUGGUAGCCACAAUAUCACCGGCCGCCGACAAUUACGAGGAAACACUAUCGACUCUCCGGUAUGCUGACAGAGCGAAGAGAAUAGUUAAUCAUGCUGUAGUUAACGAAGAUCCAAAUGCUAGAAUUAUUCGCGAACUCAGACAAGAGGUUGAAACCUUAAAGGAAAUGUUGUUACAUGCCACAGGAUCGAUUGUCGGCCAACAACGCACAGACAUUACGGAAAAAUUGUCCGAAUCGGAACGGCUGAUGAAGGAAAUGUCACAGACAUGGGAAGAAAAGUUAGUGAAAACCGAGAGACUACAACAUGAAAGGCAACAGGCUUUGGAAAAAAUGGGAAUAAGUGUACAAGCGUCUGGUAUUCAAGUCGAGAAAAGCAAAUAUUAUCUAGUUAAUUUGAAUGAUGAUCCAAGCUUGAACGAGUUAUUGGUUUAUUAUCUCAAGGAAAGGACUCUCGUAGGCGGUCGUUCAGCCAAAAGGGAACAGGAUAUUCAAUUGCAUGGCUUAGGUAUUUUACCAGAACACUGUGUUAUCACGAUAGAGGAAUCAGGCCUGUACAUGACACCGUUAAAUGGUGCUCGAUGUUUCAUCAAUGGUACGCAAGUUGUAAAUAAGACUUUGCUACAGCAUGGCGAUAGAAUUGUUUGGGGAAAUCAUCAUUUCUUUAGAGUCAACUGUCCAAGAAGUGCUACAGCAAUCAACAGCGAACCGCAGACUCCUGCUCAAAAUAUCGACUACAACUUUGCCCGAGAAGAGCUUAUGCUUAACGAACUUUCGAACGAUCCAAUCCAGAGAGCUAUAGCGAGAUUAGAGAAGCAACAUGAGGAAGAUAAGCAGGUUGCACUCGAGAAGCAGAGGCUCGAAUAUGAACGACAGUUUCAACAAUUACGCAAUAUACUAUCUCCCUCGACGCCAUAUUCACCUUACGUACCGUACGAUCCUCUAAGAGGUAGCCAGAGUGGGAAGUUCCCGGCUUGUACACCAACGACGCAAAUGCGCGUUGAAAAGUGGGCUCAGGAACGAGACGAGAUGUUUAAGCGUAGUUUGGGUCAAUUGAAAACAGAUAUCCUAAAAGCUAAUGCAUUGGUGCAAGAGGCCAAUGUUUUAGCUGAAGAGAUGGGCAAACAGACUAAAUUUAGCGUCACUCUGCAGAUUCCUCCGAAUAAUUUAAGUCCAAAUAGGAAGAGUGUAUUUUUUCAGCGGGGUGCGUUUGUCAGUGAGCCCGCGAUUUUAGUGAAGAGGAUGAAUAUGGGAAGUCAAGUUUGGUCUAUGGAAAAGCUAGAAAAUAAAUUAGUCGAUAUGCGAGACAUGUACGAGGAAAGAAAAGAUCCUAACAAUUGUCAACGAUUACCUACAAUUAAGGAUGAAGUACCAGGGAAAACACAAGAUCCGUUUUACGAAUCCCAAGAAAAUCAUAAUCUUAUCGGAGUUGCAAAUAUUUUCUUAGAAGUAUUAUUCCAUGACGUACGAUUAGAUUAUCACACUCCGAUUAUUAGUCAGCAAGGAGAAGUCGCUGGUCGAUUACAGGUCGAAAUAAGUCGCAUAUCUGGACAAUUUCCUCAAGAUCGUAUUUGCGAGGCUGCUUCGGAGUCUUCUGCGGAUUCGACGUCUUCUGAAGCAGAGGAUUACUCCGGAGGAUCUAGCCACAUUACCUGUCGCAUAACGAUAAAGCAAGCCACAGGAUUACCACUCUCGUUAAGUCAUUUUGUGUUUUGUCAAUACAUGUUUUGGAAUCAUCCAGAACCGAUAGUGGUUCCGCCUAUGGUAAAUACAGAGUUACCCAACUCUAAUUGUAUAACUGGCCAGAGAGAUUCUUUGGCAUUUAAGUUUGACCAUACAAAAGAUUUUACCGUACCCAUUACAGAGGAGUUUAUGGAACAUGCUGCUGAAGGGGCAUUAAGCAUUGAAGUAUGGGGUCAUCGCAGUGCAGGUUUCUCACGUAGUAAACCUGGAUGGGAAGUGGAACAACAGCAAUUAGCGAAAGCUAGAUCACUCGCUGAUCGAUGGUCUGAAUUAACACGAAAAAUUGAAUUAUGGGUGGAGAUACAAGAACUCAACGAGCAGGGAGAAUACUCGCCCGUUGAAGUUGCAGUGAAGCAAGACACAUGUACAGGUGGUAUUUAUCAACUUCGGCAAGGGCAACAACGUCGAAUACAGGUUCGAGUAAAACCAGUACAAAAUUCUGGAACCUUACCAAUUAUCUGCCAAUCGAUACUAAACAUAGCCGUUGGGAGUGUAUCAGUACGAAACCGAUUGCAAAUUCCAUUAGAUAGUUAUCAAGAUGAGGAUUUGAGUAUAUUAAGAGACAAAUGGAGCGAUGCUCUAAUGAGAAGACGACAAUAUCUUGAUCAACAAAUUCAGAAACUCAUCAAUAAGCAAGACAAAACGGAACAAGAUAUGGAGCGAGAACAAAGUCUUGUGGAUCAGUGGGUCAGUCUGACAGAAGAACGAAACGCCGUUCUAGUUCCUGCAGCGGGUUCAGGUAUUCCCGGUGCUCCUGCUGAUUGGACUCCUCCUGCUGGAAUGGAGCCGCAUAUUCCUGUAUUAUUUCUUGAUCUUAAUGCCGAUGAUCUCUCAACGCAUCAGUCGGGAGAAGAAGUAUCAGUGACAGGAUUAAAUUCGAUCUUACCUAAGGAACAUGGAAACAAAUUUUAUAAUUUGCCUAUUAUUCGACAUUUAGAAAAAGAUGUAUGUGCCAUUGCCGCUUGGGAUUCUAGUAUACACGAUAAUGUACAUCUUAAUAGAGUGACCGAUGCAAACGAAAGAGUGUUUCUAAUUUUGAAGACUACAGUUCGCCUAUCGCAUCCAGCACCAAUGGAUCUUGUACUACGUAAAAGAUUAGCUCUAAAUAUAUACAAACGACAAAGCAUUACAGAUAGAAUUUUCAAGAGAAUUGUUCGAACUGAUUGUUUGACGCAAACCGGUGUUACUUACGAGGUAGUUUCGAAUAUACCAAAAGCGAGCGAAGAGUUAGAAGAUCGCGAGAGCUUGGCACAAAUUGCUGCCAGCGGGGAAGAUAAUAGUUUAUGCGAUGGAGAAACUUAUAUAGAAAAAUAUACUCGUGGUGUAUCAGCCGUCGAAAGUAUAUUAACAUUGGACCGAUUACGACAAAGUGUCGCUAUAAAAGAAUUGUUACAAGCACAGGGACAACCACUGAUGCGUAAGACUGCAAGUGUUCCGAAUUUUUCUCAGAUUAUGAGAUUCGAUAUGUCAAUGGAUUCAUUGAAUGUUACUCGUUCGGAAAGUGUGACAGAUCUCAAUAUGGAAAAUGGUGUUCCGCAUCCGCGACGUGCAUCUAUAGGCCACACAAGAAAUGACGAAAACUUUAUAUCUGCACCACCAAAGCCAUUUGGAAUCGGCUCCAUUCUCAACUCAGCGAGACCAACUUUCCUGAAUCUGAACCUGAAUCUCAACUCAUUGACACGUCUUCAACAAUCUACCUCUGCCAAGUCAUCUCCGAAUAUGGUCAGCAGUAAAUUGGGUCCCCGUAUGACUACAUUACACGAGGAAAAUGUAGGGAACCAAGCAUCUACUCCUAUCAAUGAUGAUGACGAAGAGAAAAGCGACGCCGAUUAUUCUGAAUAUGAGGUAUAUCAGGCUCCACCGAAACCAGCAAAGCCACUAACUUCCUCACGCACGUUGGAUUCUCUGAUCGAACUACAAUCGACGAAGAUCAAUACGCCAAGUAUGAGUAGUAGCGGAUACGGUUCUCAGGCUGUUUCCACUACAAAUUUAACAUCAGAAGAUUCCAUUUCUGUCAAGUCCAUCAGCGUAGAUGAGACUCCAGAUUUCGAAUAUCGAAAUCUUCUCGAUAGCAAGAAACCCGAGAAAAUGGACAGUUCACUCGUUGAAGAAACACCUGAGGAGUACUUGUGUGAAAUAAAUUCUGCAUUGGAUAACUUGAACAUCUCACAAAGCGCUUGCACGGAAGGACAUACCAGAAAAAAUUUAGAAGAAAUAAGAACAUAUGUGGAUACCGAUAUCGAUAGUCCAGUUUCUUCUACAAAAAGUGAAACUGAAACUCACAGCAACAUGUUUCACGUCGAGAUUCAAAGAAAAAUUACACACGAUCAAAUUAUCAGUGAUAGAAAAAAUGAGAUGGAAAUCAGUCAGACGUCCAAUUCGGGAGAUGAUAGUCCUAUGGAGGGGACUUCGAUUGUACAUACCAAACUGCCACCUGGCAAGGUCAUGCGAAGAAGAAAGUCUUCUAACGGUACAGGAAGGCCUACCAGUUCACAGCACAGAGCUUCGUUUCCUAUGGUCCGUCCACAACUUUCUGAGAGUAAGGCUGCAGUACAUUUGGAGCAAACGCUACAACCUAAUAUGUCAUAUGAAAAUGGCGAUAAUAGCUCUUCGGAGAGAAUUGAUGCGGAUGAUAUUAACGAUAAAAGUUCAGCGUUUGGUUCAAGGCACGAUUUAACUCGAAUGGAAACUCCUCUACCAGACUGGAUUGUCGUUGGUGAAUCAGUUUUAGUUCGCCCUUAUAGUUAUUCCGGAGUUAUAGCAUACGUUGGUCCCACAGAGUUUGCAUCGGGAACGUGGAUAGGAGUUGAACUUGAUGCUCCAACUGGCAAGAACGAUGGUGCUGUCAAUGGCCAUAGAUAUUUCACAUGUCGAUCCAAAUGUGGUAUAUUUGUUAAAAUGGAUAAACUAAUUCAAGACAGACGAGGAAGAGCGCUUAGAAGCUAUACCAAGCAAGACUCUACACCAGCACCAUCUGCAUCAAUGCGCAGGAGUGUUAGCAAAGGCGAAGGAUUACAUUCCUUGCACCGAAGUCGCAGUCGAGGAGAAGGCCUCUCUACUACAGGUAUACGUUCUUUUCCACGUGGCAAGUAAACGGAUCAAACACUGCUUCACCAUUACUUCGUGUUAAUAAAAUCACGACAUAAAUAUCCUAAUUGCUACAUGCCUAUAUGAUAUAUGUAACAGCAAUGUUUCAGUCCUUUAGACAUAGGGCAGCUAUUGAUUAUUGAGGUUACUAUAAAAUAAUAUUUCAAACAUUAAGUAAUUAAUGUGUACUACACACAAAGCAUGGGAUAUUUUCGACUUGUCGUGUCCUAUGAGCAGCGUUUCAACUUCGCUACUUGAUUAGGGAGUAGGGAAGUAGGGGGUAGAGGGGUUAGCAUAAUUAUCGCCAUGUAUUGAAAGUCAGUUGCGACGCUUAUUGACUUAGGAGCAUUCCAAGUUUACUUUAACGACUGGUGUUACGAACCAUUUAUAUUUUAUGCCAGAGGAAGGCAAUAUACUCUGCGAUUUAAUUGUACAUUCUAAACUAAUCAAAAGUCAGCAGGACAUCUUUCUUUUAUUCUCGAUAUUUCAAGUACACUGAUAAUUACAACUUGAUGUACAUAUUCCACGUUAAUGAUAUUUUGUAUUUAUGAAAUCGAUCGACACAAUAGAUGCGAUAAUAAUAUACCGAUUAAAUCUUGUCGUUUUUACAAAUCAUUGGACGAAUACACUUUCCAAAAUUACCAUAUGGUAAUUUAUAGGCCGGAAAAGUGCCCAAUGAAAAGACAAAUGUCGGAAAACAUUUUGCAUAUAUAUAUUUUACCGCGUUAUGUAGAUUAUUUAAAGAUUUUAUAUGUAUACAAUUGUUUCAUAUAUUGUAUUUUUUAGCGCGAUUUGUUAAGUUCCUUUUUACUGUAAUAUACAUUUCUUGUCCCAUCUCAUAUAAACAUGACACCUUAAUUUAUAUAUUGCAUUUUAACUGCACCUUGCAUUUUUGGAGAUUGCAAAUUGAUUCUUUAAGGACUUUGUUAAUUAAUUUAAGAAACAAAUUGCAAGUCCAACAAUACAAUCUAAUAGAGUUGCAAUAUUAAGUUUGUAGGCUUAAAUAGUAGAAACGAAAUAAAUGAGCUUGUUUUAUUGCAUUAGUUGCAUACGAUUAUAUUCAUCCAAGUUUUUUUUAUAAAUACUAGGCUUAUCUACAUCAUUUCGCUUUAUUCACGCACAUUAUUUACAUACCUUUAAUGAACGAUGAUUGAUAUUUUAUAUCUUAUAACGUGAUUCGUUUGUUAACGAAUUUUUUCCACUGGGAGCAUCAAUUUUAUUUUGGAAAUCAUUACAUACGUAAUCACGUGAAAUCAAAUGUCGAAAAUUACUAUAUCUUUCUCUUAAUUCAUGAAACACAGAUUGUGUCGUAAAAUAAUAUGAAAGACAAAAAGUAAGCAAUUAACAUUUAAGAUAACUUAUACAUCGCCCAAAUUGUGAAAACAUCUCCUGUCCAAUUAGAACAAUACUUAUAUAUAUUACUAAUAAUGAGUAUAUUACUGUAUGUGUAAUAUUUAUGGAUUAUAAUAUAAUAAUAAUAAUAAUAAUAAUAAUAAUAAUAAUAAUAUAAUCGCUACGGCGCAACGUUUCCUUAUCGUGGCAGACAAUCUCCCCAGUUUUAUGUACGUGAAUAACAAUAACUCUGCGAAAAGGAAACCUUGCAACCAGCGGUAUCUGUCCAUUUUUAGUAAUCGAGAUUGUUGAGAAAGAAACAAAUAUAUUGAGAGAGUCCACGUGUCACAGUGAUACUACAUUAUUACCCGGCGUAACGUUAUUAAAUUCUUGAGUAAUUUUCAAUCACUACACGUCUUCUUGAGAUAGUACAAUUGACACUUGCAUUCCUGAACGCGAACAAUGUGAUAGGAAAAAUCCGAUAAAUCAUACACAAUUUCCACUAUAUAUUGAUACGUUGUCGAUCAAUUCUUGAAUAAUGUUUUUCUGAAUUUUCUUUAUAAGGCAAUUAUAUCUAGAGUAAUGUUCUUUUUCACACAAACCCGCAGAGAAACAACAUGAAAGAUAAUAUAAAUAAAAUGGAAACGAAAGAUAAUGUAACGGAAAGAGCAUCGACGAUAAUCUCGAACAAAGACAAGUGAUCAGUGUUUAAGUAUCUAUAUUUUUUUUUUACGUUGUCGGGAAAAACAAUGUUCGAAAAGCUAAAAUGGAGCAUUUAGCGUUGAGAGAGAGAGCUUACACAGCCUAUUCCAUCCCGCAAUAAGACAAUGUCCAUUUUUACCGUUACAAUUGUCUAAAGAUAAUCGUUCACGCUAUACUUUGUACCCUAAAUGACUCUAGAAUAUAUUUUCGACCAAUCGGUUUUACGAAUACCUUUCUAGAAGACUUCCGAGUUUAAUAUUAUCCGCGAUCGCUGCGAAUGACAUUGCGCUCACGGUCCAAGUUCCAAAGGGUCGUACAGGAGGGUCCAUAAUUUAAACUGAGUCUCCUAACUAUGGCUGUGAAAUCAAUCGAUAUUUUGCUGUUCACGCUGCUCCCUCGUUUUUAUCCUCGUGUUCAAAUAUCAUACGCGUUACGAGCAUCAAAUUAUACACUCUUUCUUGUGGCUCCAUUAAAAUGCGUAUUACGAAUAUUAACGAAAUUGCGAAACAAACGCGCGUUUCUCGAACAGCCGAUUAAUUACGUAAACUGUUCGUCGACGCAAUCAUUGAACAUAAACGCGCUUUUAACGAAGGGUACAGCUUGAGAGCAGUUUGUUUUUGAUCGCGUUUUUCUGUGACAACAUCAAGAGAUACGCGAGCAAAAAAAUAUGUAAAAGCGCAUUGAACAAAUUUAAAGAUCGCGUCGAUAAGACGAUCGAAGAGGAUCAUUUUUAUAACAAAAGGAAUAAUGUCAUUGACGUUGAUGUUUACAAUUUGUAGCGAUGCAAUUGUGUUUUUUCAAUAUUCAAAGCCUUUCGACAUUAACCUUGUAAUAUUUUAUAUGUCACGUUAAACCACCACCAACUAUGUUUUGUCAUAAUAAUAUAAAAUUAUGCGACACUUGAUUGUUCAUCUUGGAUUACUGGAGCGAUUCAAUCCUCGCGAGUGUCUUGUCGCGACAGAUCGUGUUUGUCAGCGGCCACGCUUCAUUAUCGUCAAUUAAGGAAAAAGUACGAGAGUAUGUAGGUAUAAUAUUGAAUUCGGAACUCUUCUAAACCAUGUCACAGUAAGACUGUUCGAACGGUCAUGCUGAUGUAAAACCCACAUGUGUAUAUGUAUGUACAACGUAAGCCUCGAGAUUGGUAAUUAUAUUUUAAUGUAAUGUAUAAAAAAAAGAAGAAGAAAGAGGAAAAUAACGGACAAAGUAUGCGUGCAAAGAAACAGUGGCAAAACACUCGUACGUUUACCGACACAAUAAUGUAAGAAAAAUGAAUAAAGUGAGCACCGUGCUUCGUCUCUCCUCCUCGUUUAUUCUAGCCACGUUAAGUAGAUAUUGUAUUUAUCGCUACGACAUCAUACACACGUUAGAGUCACGACAACUUUCACGCGUUCAACUUGAUGUAAUUAAAUAGGAUUGUCAACCCGCGAUGUCAAAUAUGAGCUGUCAUUCUCAUUGUUUCAAAAAUUCGCUAGAGACAACACCUGAUAUUGUAUCCGUUUGAUCCACUCUGAUUCUAUACACUAGUAUUCUGUAAACAUCCAUGAAUGAACUCGCAUCUUCCUCUUCGAGAAAGUCCAAGUCAUUGAUUGGAUAGAUUGACUGAUUAAUGAUAUACGUUAGCUGCGUUAAACGGUUGUUUUUUCGCCUCAAAUCGAGUUGACGCACAUCACAAAAAUAUAUUCUAAUACAAAUGUAUCAAAAUUGAACUUCACGUUGACGUAGCUCCGUUGAAAACGAAGAAUCAGCCUUGUAUAGUGUGUCGCGCGGAUCAAACGGAAACUUGGACACUCUAAACCUGCGAAUCUUCGAAUCGAUCCUAUUUCCGUCUACUUCGCCAAAUAUUUGCACUAGGAGAGAAAAAGGAUUCGGUGUAAAGUCCAAAUGCGAAAUCAUACGGCAAAUGAUGCGAUAGUAGAUAGUUUUAGUCGAUCGAUAAUUUUACGCUAUAUAAGUGUAAAUCUUCUGCCGGAAAUAACGAACGAUUCAGUCGAUACUAGAUAAUAAGGAUUUCGGGAAUUCUUUGUAGAUCGAUAGGAUGCACUGUGUCGUUUGAUCUGUCGGUUGUAGAUAACCGGAAAUAGGAAAGCCUAUUUUUGCAUCGUGUGAUUAAAGAAAAAAAAAGCUGGUUUAUAUUUACUGAAUACGCAUUUGGAUGGUGUGUUAUAAAGUUCCAAACUAUAUAAAAAUAACUUGUAGGAUGUUAAUCGUCAAUGAUUCGUAUAACAGUGAUUCAUAUAAUAUAAAAAUUUAAUUUAUGAAUAUGCUUAUUACCUAUUUCUUCUUACAGGCUUUCGCAGUCUUCUGUGUAAAUAAUCAUUUUUAUAUAUUUAUCAUUAUUUUAUUAUUUUAUAAUUUUGACUGAUUCUCGAUUAAUCGCUAGAGAAAGAUCUCUUACAAUUUAUAUUGCGUAAAUACGUACAAAUUACAAUUGCUUUAAAACACCUUAAAUAAUUAAUUAGUCAUUGCGUUAUACAAUAUGUAAAGCGAUAUCGAUCAACUAUCGAAUCUGGAAGGUAUCACGAUGUAACGGAAGAUCGUUCUCGAGUAUCACAAUCGCAUAAGUAUAAUCGUAUAAAAAUCUACUCUGUACUUGUAUACUUAGCGCAUAUAAAUAGCGCCACAAUAAUUUUUCGGCGUCAUUAACAUUACAUCGGUAUAAAAGGGGUAGUCAACGUGUUUUGCGGCACGAAAAUGUAACUCUCGUCGUGAGAGAAGUAUUUGUAAAACACAAAUUAAUUCUGAUAUGUUUAUUACAUUAUAUUUAAAAUAUAUCUCAAAUCAAAUAAUUCUUACACUAUCAAAUAAACGUACGAUUGUACGAAGGUACAGCUGUGAGCAAAGCGCGAAUCGACCAGAGAUGCGUGUAUAACACAUAAAGUGAGAAAGACCGCAGUAAGUGACAUUUAUUUCGGCAUUAUGUCUAGCAAUUUGAGUCGUAUUAUUGUCGAUUCAACAAAAUCUAAAUUUCAAUAUUUAGGAUAUAGAUAGCGUUUCAACUAGUAAGUACCUCGGAGUGUACUUGGGAACGAAGAAGGGGGUGAAAGGUGGAAAGAGGAAAGGGGAGGGUGGGAGGAAGGAUAGUCCUGGCAUAAUAUUUAGUGUUUACUUCUCUGAAUGUUUGCAUGGAAUAUUCUGUAAUCACGAUCCAUUUGACGACAUGUACUACGAAAAUUGAUAACGUUUUUAAAUUUUUCCUGAUAUUUUUGUGAUAUUUUCUGACAAAGUAUGAAAAGUAUGAAAAGUCACGACUCAAGUGUGACGACUCAAGUGUAAAUUAUAUUUUUACGGGUUAGCAAAAUUUGUCUCGUCUCGAUGAAAUCAAUAAAAUUGCAUAUGAUAUGAAUGUUUCAUACAAGUAGGCUUUAUUUGAAUUAAUUUGAGAAUUAUAAGAUAAAUCUCUGAUAGAUUUUUUCUUUUAUUCUUUUGUGCUUAUUCAAUCAGUAUCAAAGUGUACAGUUAGUACAUUUAUUUCGAGACGUUUAGAAGUGCUAAGUUUGCGAUUCAAUUAGGGCAACGCGUUUCGCUGUUUAAGGAUUAAACGGCAGACUAAAAAAUAUUCGCGCAAUAUUAUUCUUACGUGUCACACGCGUCAUACGCGUCGCACACUAGGAGCAUAGAUAUACAUGCACAUUCAGUCAUACGCGUACGCACUAGAGGCAUGUCUGCUUUAGCAGCACUCGAGAAGAAAAGGCAAAAGUAAAAUAAAGAAAAUAUAAUUAGCGAGUAUAUUUCAUGUAACACUCCUUCUAAUUCAAAUGAAAGCCAUUCAUUCUUUUUGUAGCUAUAGUAAGCAUUGUUACUUGAGCGAUUAUCAUCCUUCGUCGCGAAAGCAAGAGUGCACUUUUCGAUCUCAUAGGCCAAGAGCUAAUUAUUGUUAUUAUUAACGAAGAAUAGAACUGUGUCAAGUCAAGGGAUGAUUAUUGUGUAAUAGUAUUAUUUUAUAAGCAGUCAAUAAUAUUAAUAUUCAAGUAAGCUAAACGCCGUAUAUCACCUCUUUCUCCGAAAUCCUCCCCGUUUGUAAAGAAGUCGUAUUUAUUUCAUAAGCUCAUUUUCAGGUCAGAGAGUACCUAUAACUCUAUUGUUAAAUAAUAUACAUACCGCAAUAUACAUGCAUAUAGAAGCUGAUGCAGGUAUCUUUUAAACGAUAAGGUGUGUACAUUUUAAUUUUUAUGAACAUAAUAAAAAUAUAAUUUAAUGUUCUAAAUGUGUGCGAUUUUACAUGGUCGGACUUUGCUCACAUCCGUUUGCAAAUCCGAUAAUAAUAUUUAUCCCGUUCGUGAUUAUAACAAAUCAAUAUUUAGUUCUAAGAUACGGAUAUGAAUAUACAUACAUAUAUUAAGUUAUACGUUAUUACGUAGUUAUUAUAAUUUCUACAGUGAAAUUACACGUGUUCUUAAUUUCUUUAGUUACGUUUACGUAAUUUUUUAGAAUGCUUUGGUAAUAACGGCAAAUACACAGUUACAUUAGUUAUAUUCUUUUAUAUCACAGCGAAUUAUUGUCCAUGAAUGUGUGAUUUUAAAAGUUUAUUUAUAAAAUUAAAAUUAUCUAUUUAUCUUUUAGAACAAAGUGAUAUUCGCAUUAAGAAAUAAACAUAGUAACAAGAGUAUGUUGAACAUUAAUUGAAUUAAUUAAUUGCACGACUAAGAUUUAAUUGAAAAAAAUGUGUACAUUCUAUUUUUAACACAAUUUUAGUAACCUCCCUCCUCCUCUCCCACUUGUUACGUACAAAUCUAAUUAAUUAACAUCAUCAUCAUUAUCGUUAUCAGUAUCAUUAUUGUCAUCGUCAUCAUUAUUGUCAUUAUUAUAUUGUUGUUGUUAUUGUUAUUAUUAUUAUUACUAUUAUUAUUAUAUGUUUGCAUUUUGCGCUUUAUUGUAUGUUUCGAUGUGUGAUAAUAAAUAACUCGGCGGAAAC